AUGAACAGCAACGACGAAGAUAUCUACGCGGCCUUCCAGACGCCGGAUAUCGGGUCGAACCCAUGGACGACGAGCACAAACCCGUUUGAAGCCCCACCGCAGGAGGCUAUGAGUGGCAACCCCCUCAUGCAGGCCCCGCCUUCGCAGUGGGGACGGGCAGGCAUGGGCUCCGCCUGGGGUGUACCGGGCAGCCGCAUGGGUGCGGUGGGCUGCGGUCUCUCCGGCGCCGCGCGACCCAUGACGUCCAACCGCGCCGUCGGUUUCCGAAGCACGAACGCCGGCGGUGCUGCCGUUCUCUUUGACCCCACUGGUCAAGCUCGCAUGACAAACAUGACGAUGGGCCCAGCCCCUCCGCUGAAGAAGCGGAGUGAGAACAGUCAGGAAGAGGAGCUGGCUGAGAUGGAGAAGCAGGUGAACAAGCUGAUCGAGGAGAGCGCCAUGCUGGCUCUGCAGAAGGACUACGGCGCAGCCCUCGAGAAGGCCAAGGAUGCCGGCAAGCUGGAGCGGUCACUAUGCAAAAAGCGCGAGCAGUACGGGUUCGUCGAGCAGAUCAAUGUCGACCUUACCUACGCAGUGCACUUCAACUUGGCGGUCCAGUACCAAAACCAUCAGCUGUACACUGAGGCUCUCAACACGUACAACCUCAUCAUUCGCAACGUGCAGUUUCCGCAAGCUGGCCGCUUGCGGGUGAACAUGGGCAACAUCUACCUUGCGCAGCAGAACUACCUCUUAGCCAUCAAGAUGUACCGCAAGGUGCUGGACGAGACGCCGACCGCGGGCAAAGAGCUCCGCUACCACCUCUGCCGCAAUAUCGCCAACGCGUUUGUGAAGCUGGGCCAGUACAGGGACGCUGCGAACAGCUAUGAGACAGUGGUAGAGGGCAACGGCGACGUUAAUGCCACGUACAACCUCAUUUUGUGCUACUACGCGCUGGGAGAGACGGAGCAGAUGAAGCGGACGUUCACGCGCCUCACAAAUUGUCGCCUCACGGGGCUCGACAGCGAGGAGGACUUUGAAGAGGAGGAGAAGUGGAAGGACGUCUUGGUGGACGACGGUCUGAGCCGCAUGCGCAAGGAGCGCCAUGCCAGGUAUCUCAAGUACAUCAUCACAGCGGCUCGCUUGAUUGCUCCAGUACUGCAUAAGGACUGGUGCGUCGGCUACGACUACAUCAUCUCCCAGUUGCGCAACUACGAGAUGCGCGACCCGACCUCGCAUGUGGCGAGUGAGCUGGAGAUGUGCAAAAACCUGAACUACCUCAAGCACAAGCGCUAUCAGGAGGCAAUCAACGGCCUGAAAGAGUUCGAGAAGAAGGACAAGAGCCUCCGAGCACGGGCGGCCACGAACCUGGCGUACCUCUACUUCCUUGAGGGUGACUACGACAGCGGGGAGCAAUACAGCGACCUCAGCCUCGGCGCGAAUCAGUACAACGCCAAGGCACUCGUGAACAAAGGUAACUUUUCCUUUGUCAAGAAGGACUACGACAAGGCGAAGGAGCUGUACAACAAGGCCCUGGCGGUAGAGGCUGACAACGUGGAGGCCAUCUACAACCUCGGCUUGGCCGCCAAGAAGCUAGGGUUGUACGAGGAGGCGGUGCGCACGUUCAAGCGCAUGCAGGCGCUCGUCGACAGCAACGAGGUGCUCUACCAGAUUGCUGACCUCAGCGACCUUGUCGGCGACCCGUCAGCGCUGGAGUGGUUCAACCGCCUCAUUGGUCGUGUGCCGACGGACCCGAACGCGCUGGCCCGCAUCGGCUCCCUCUACGCCCGCGACGGCGACGAUGUGCAGGCGUUCCACUACUACCUGGAGGCCUACCGCUACUACCAGGUGAACAUGGACGUCAUUUCAUGGCUCGGCGCGUACUUCGUGAAGAACGAAGUCUACGAUAGGGCGGUACAGUUCUUCGAGCGAGCCUCGCAUAUUCAGCCCCAGGAGGUGAAGUGGCAGCUGAUGGUGGCCUCUUGCCACCGCCGCCGCGGUGACUACGUGCAGGCGAAGCGGCUGUACGAGCAGUUGCACCGCAAAUACCCUGACAAUGUCGAAUGCCUCAAUUACUUGGUGCAGCUCUGCAAGGACGCUGGUCUCAACGAGGAGGCCAACGAGUGGUUCAAGACAAUGAAGAAAGUGGAGCGGCAGCAGAUCCACAGUAGCAGUAGCAGUGUCGGCGGUGAGAGCGGCGACGACGAAGGCGACUCUUCCCUCGAGGGCGGGAGCAACAUCCACGCCCAUCGCCGCCGCACAAGUGGCACGGUCGCGCCCGAUACGGCAGUGGCGGGCCGCCGAGCAGGCGGUGGUGCUGCGGCCGACAGAGACUUUUCCACUGGCCUCUCCGACGACGACAUUGUUGAUGGAAAAGCCAAGCAGAAUGGAUCGAAGGGUUUGAAGAAGGUGAAGGACAGCGACUCGGACGAUGAAAUCAACCUGCCCGGCAUUUAG